AUGGGUGCUACGAAAGAGAAAACACCGAAAUUUAAUAGAAAUAUGGUGUCCUUGAAAGCGGUGCUAUUUUUAUUUUUUGCAGGAGUUGCAAAUAUCCACGUCUUAAAUUCCCUACAACCUCUACGUCUGGGCCUCAAUUUCGACGAAUACCGUCUCAUUAGUAUAAUCGUUCCACUAGUCUCCAUAAUUGGCCCCCUGAUAGCCGGACCUCUAGCUGAUAGACUAGCCGCGAAAAAUGCAAGCACAUAUGGCCGAUCACUGCGUAUACUGAUCGCCAUUUGCCUGAUAAUCUCAAUAAUCCUCUACGGCUGCCUGUUCCUGAUACCGUCCGUUGAACGUUUUGAAUCCCGUCGACCACAAGUCAGUUUUGGCUGCGACGCACAAGGUGCAAUCAUCUUCCAGGAGAGAUGUACAGAAGAACGAACAUGUUUCCAUUGGGAAAAGGAGAAAUUCGGUUCCCUGAUUUUGACCAAUUGUUCAUACACCUGUCAAAAUCCUAGUCAGUUUGAAAGCAUGUAUGACCCAUGGCUCAAGGGAUCGCCAAUACCGCCUAUGGAAACCAGUUCAGAAGCAGAUUACGAAGUGAACUAUGAUGAGAGCACACCGAGCUCAAAACUCAAACGCCAGGUCGAGGAUGAUUAUUUGACCGGUGAUGAGGCAAGUGCAGUGGAACGUGUGUUUGUGGAGCCACCCCAUAUUUGCACACGGAAACGUGACGAACAAGGGAAUGAACGGGUUGAUAGGUGCCAUGUUUACACAGAAGAUACAGAAGCUUUGACGAUCCACGCUACCCUGGGCAGUGCGACAAAUAAGGAGAAUGAUACGCACAGUGCAGAAUGGUGUAAUUAUCCUCUAGAGGGCUUCCAGUGCCAAAUUCCUAAGGCUCAAGCACAGUUUAUGAUUCGCAUGAAGAAACCAAUGAAAUGUAAGCCGAUGGUGGAAUGUGAAGUAAUUGAUCCCUAUGACAGUCCUGGCAGUGUUUUAGCUGAAAGUCAAUGCAUGAAGAUAAUCGGUGACAUAGAUACAACCUACUAUGGAUAUUUCAUUUUGAGAUUAUUUGCUGAAAUAUUCCCACUGGCUGCACUCACCCUCCUCAACACAGCUGUGAUCAUAGCGACUCGGGACACUUCAACAGGACGUGGUGAAGUAUGCCGGCAGUUCGUUUGGGGCGGUAUCGGUUGGAUACUUUCUUUGCCACACAUCAAGCUCUUCGGCGACGAAGAGGUCUGGCUCGACAUCAGUGAUGACUAUUUAUUGGCAAUUUUGAUUGUUUUUGUUGUUUGCUUUGCAUUGGCAGCAGUUAUUCUAUUACUAUCCAAAAACAUGCCUCUAAGCCCGCCAGAAUGGUGGUGGCACACCAAAACCGGAAUGCUCGUAUAUCCCAUGUCAGCGAUACGGAAAUACGGCCCAGAGAUAAUCGCGCUUACGCUAAUCACGCUGGAGUUAGGGUUGUUCUGGAGCAGUAUCCACAGCUACUUGAACUGGACAUAUUUCGAUUAUUUCGGAAUUACAUUCAUCGGCCUCUUGCCGCUGCUUCUGAUGUUCUUUAAUUGCGACAAGUUCAUCGAAUUUUGCGGCCACUCAAAUAUCCUUAUCGGCGCUUUCGCUAUCUACAUCAUUCGGUUCACAUCCCUCACUUUCGCAGACGAGGCUAAUUGGCUAGCAAUUGUUAUGGAAUCUUUAGAGCCACUUACGCUAGGACUGACAUGGAUUACGAUCAUGCUUUACAUGCGUCAUAUCAUGCCGAGAAAGUUUUCAGGGACAGGUCAAGCAAUUGUUGUUAUUGCCCAUUUCUGUUUGGGCAAAUGCUUUGGUGCCUUGCUUGGUCUAGCUAAAACUGAGAAGCAACCAGCCUCGAUGAGCUGCAUCUACGAAGGAUUGGCCCUGGCAGCUUGCAUCACGGCCGUUGUCUACUUCAUUAUCUACAAUUUGAUCAUUGCACCACGAUGCGCGGCAAAAUCACACCCUCUGGAGUCAGCGGUGGAAGCCAACCAACCGCAAAACAAUGGUCCUCCGAGCAAUGGCGUGAACAACGGAAACUACACACCGCUGCGCGUAUACCACAACGAGCGCGGAAAGAAGGGACAAUUUAGAUACUAAACUCUUACUUGUAAAUUGUAUUUUUAUUUGAAAGUACAUAAGAAUAAGGUAAUACGUCCACACUCAUUCGAAGUAAUCAAAGGAGUUUACUGAGAGAACGGAGUGUUUGCUUGUUUUGUUGACUAUUUUAUCUCAUUAUCUCAUUGAUCGACUGAUUUUCAAGCACGACCACGAUAUGUGUAUCACACCCAUAAGCAGCGUCCGUCGAUCGAUACCCUAAUUUCUAGAUACUGAAUAUGAACAAUGCCGAACUUAAUCUAAUUCUAACCAGAGAAAUGACACAUUUAUUUAAGGGAGAGAAGUUUUUGAAAUGUAGACGACAGCUAAAGCGAUACAAAUAAGCAUUUUCUGUGUUCAAUUAGUAGAAUUAAAUUAACCGUUGUUAUAGCAAAAGAAACUUUUGGUAAAUAUCGUUCAGCGUCAAAUUCUUAUGUAUAUAUUUGAAAAAAGAUGAAACAAGUUACAGACAUUCGUAAGGAAGUGUUCUUAAAAACGAUAGCAACCAUUGCCUUGUCCCGUUUAUACACCCUUCAACCAGUGAAAGCCUUUAUAGCAUUUAAUCACCAAAACUUGUAUGUACGUCUCCAAACAAUACCCCGAACCAAUCCAAUACCCGUUGCUACUCAAGCCUGUCCCUCAUAUGUUGAAAGUCAAUUUUCUAUUCCUGCUAGCGUAAGUCGAGCCUUUAUCGCGCCAUCAUCUGGUGGCAAUACGAAUACUGAAUUUCCCCUAAGUUAUUUACCGUUUGAUAUUAAACUAGUUGAGUAGUUAACAGGACUCACACCUUACGCAUAGGAAAGAAUAAAUAAGAAACUGCCCAAUUCUGCCUCAAUCCGCGGCGCCCUCGUGCGCCGUGACACUCUCAAAUUACGAGUAUAAGGUGCAUCGUAUCUUACUGAUUUCUUCUACCAAUUAUCAUGAUUUUGUAACUUUAUAUACUACGUAUUGUCUCCUUUUGAUUUUUUUACAAAGCUAUGAAAUAAUGUUGAAGAAAACGACUUCAUUUCGAAGUUUCCGACUCUAGGAUAAUUAGAAGCUACGCUAAAGAUAAAGUAAGUCGAAUUAAAUCUGAAAGAUUGCAGCUAUUCAUGACAAAGAAGAAAUAAAGAAAUAAAUGUACGUAGAGCUUAUGUAGGCAAGAGGAUUAUGAACCUUCAAAGGAACAAUAGUGAAACGAUCAGGACUCAUUCGACAUUGAAUUAUUGCGUGAAUUUUUUUUUUACUUCUUACAAAGAAACUAGGAUCAAGUCGCUUUUAUUCGACUAAAAAUUUAUACUGUAAUUUUUAUUUUUAUUAUUUUUUACAAAAAGAUGAUAUUAUUGUAACACACUUUUCUCAGCGAAAUAGUUUUGUUGUAAAAAUAAAUUAUUUUCUGAUAAAAAUAU